UGGUGGAGGGAACCACACACACUGUUUUGCUCCCGAUUAACAGAUGUUACUUCGCAUUCGGUCAAGGCUCUGCGUGUAAUCUGUCGAAAGUUUUUGUGCAGGACAUACUGAAAAUUCACAAUGGUAGAAAAACUAAGCUUACGUCUAAUUAUUCCUCUAGCGAUCGUACAGAUUGUGUUUUUGGUGAUUUUUGGAGUUAAGGUCGAAUAUCAUGAGACGGCCAAACCUUUGGACACAGUCUCUCCAUCCCCAGUGGGGAAAGUCUAUCCAAUGUUUCAAGAUGUCCACGUGAUGAUCUACAUCGGCUUUGGGUUUUUGAUGACGUUUCUCAAGCGAUACGGGUACUCGUCCGUCAGUUUCAACCUUCUGUUGGCGGCUUUCUCAGCUCAAUGGGCGAUUAUCGUCAGGUCCGCCAUCUCAGGAAACUGGGAGGUCGGAGUCAUGGAGAUGCUCACGGCUGAUUUCGCUGGUGCUACAAUUCUCAUAUCAUUUGGUGCUGUGUUGGGUAAAACUGGACCUCUCCAACUUCUUAUAAUGGCUACAAUAGAAGUAGUUCUGGCUCAAGUCAACGAACACAUCGGCUACCACAUACUUCAUACGGCAGAUGUCGGAGAGUCCAUGUUCAUUCAUGCUUUUGGCGCCUAUUUUGGUCUAGCGGUGGCACGUGUUCUGUAUAACGAAGAUGUGGAAAAAUCAACGAAAGAGGGCGCUACCUACCACUCAGAUCUCUUCUCUAUGAUAGGUACAGUAUUUCUGUGGCUGUAUUGGCCGAGUUUUAAUGGAGGGGCCGUGGAGGGGGACCAGCAACAUCGGGCAGUCAUCAACACCUACCUCUCUCUCCUCACCUGUACCGUGACCACCUUCAUCAUCUCCUCCCUCGUGGACAAGCGCGGGAAAUUUGAAAUGGUUCACAUUCAGAACGCUACUCUGGCGGGGGGCGUGGCAGUAGGAACCUCCGCCCACAUGCCUAUCCAGCCCUGGGGUGCCAUGCUGCUGGGGACAGUUGCUGGAAUCAUCUCUACACUAGGAUACAAGUACUUAACUCCUGCCCUUUCAUCAAAACUCAAAAUCCAUGACACCUGUGGAGUGAACAAUUUGCACGGAAUGCCGGGGAUAUUGGCCGCCAUUGGAGGAGCUGUAGCUGCCGCUCUGUCCAGCAAAGAUACCUGGGGCGACAGUCUGUAUUCCAUAUUUACCGCAAUGGAACCAACAAUGAAGAACGCGACUAUUGGUACCAACACCACAAUGGUCAUGACAGGGGGGCGUACAGCUAUAGAGCAGGGGGGAUACCAAAUGGCUGCCCUCUGUCUGACCUUGAUUAUAGCUAUAGUGGGCGGGGCCAUUACAGGUUUAAUCCUUCGCAUCCCCUUCUUAGACGGACCUAAGGCAGAAAACUUGUUUGACGACCAGAGCCAAUGGAAUGUCGCCGAUGAGGGUUUCCCAGGGACAGGUGACGUCCCUUUGAAUGGGAAACCAAAUGAUGACACAAAGAUUCCCAUGUUAUGAAGAUAUUGGAAAUCCUUGCCUCCGAGAUUUACAUCUGACAUAACGAUCAAGUUACAAGAAACAGCUAGUAUCUUAUUGUUUGGCUAGUCUAUUGCCUUCAACAUUCCGUAAUGUGUUCAAUAUUAAUAGGCUACAAACUUCUCAGGGGUGGGCGAUUCAACAAAUUGUCAACUUCUUAAAUAAUCUGUAGAAAUUGUAAUACCCCAAACUGUGUGUAAGUGCUGCAAGUGUACAUUUCAUCCAUAAUUCCUUUAACAGUCUUUAAAUUUUAUGUUGCAGAUACAUGUGUAGCCUCUAUUCUAUUGCACUACUGCAUCAUUAAAUUAAUUUAAUCUGAUAAUACACAAUUAUUAACUCUGAAUUAUAUGUAUACACUAUACAAAAGUAUUGCUUCUCAAUGCUUGUAUGCAUAUUUGUAUAUCAACUAACACACAUUUUAUAUAUCAAACCUUCCCAGUUUAUUUCAUAACUUACACAUUAAC